AAUGUUUAUGUUGUGAUUUUUACAGGUGAGGAAAGUGCUAGUGGAUUUUGUGCCGAGGAGGAGUAGAAUCGGUGGGGAUACCGAGUGCCAGGCAAGAGAGUGCAUCCGCAAGAAAUCCAUGCUUGUGCUGAAAGGGUGUCCAAGUGGGUCUAGUGAACUCUUCUCUAUUCACAAGCUUCCUGUCGUUUGCCAAUUCUGCCUGUGGACCCAUGGAUGGUGUCGGGCUCGUUGGUGGCAGAUGCAGUCAGCCCAUGCAUGGACACCUCUACCUGGCUGGUGUAUUUUCUGCAGGAUGCAGCUGAGUAUCCUGGAAGAAGCUGGUGAUGUACUGGUAGAAGGCUCCCAAAGCGAGAAUACCCUUGGAAAUGUGUUCAACAGAUGACAAAUCUGUUCAAAAGCUUGUGGUGACAAAUCAUUGUGGACACAUCAUUAAUACCCUGAAAACAUUUUGCACAGAUGGAAUAUUAACAAAUGUUACUUUUGUGACUGGGACAACCAAAGUUUGUGCUCAUCUUCCUAUAAUCCAGUGCUUCAGUUCACAUAUACUCGACUGCCUCUGUGAUGAAGUAUACUCAGUGUACAUUUCUGAUACAAAAAUCGAUUCUCAUAGCCUGAAGUUAGUGAUUGAUUAUUUUUAUACAGGAGUAGUUGUAGCACCUAAUGAACUUAAAAGUCAGUUUGAUAACAGUGCUAAAUUUUUUGACAUCAAUUUUGUGGCUGCAAGGAAAGAUGUGAAGCAAGAAGGAAUUUACUACACGUUACCCAACUACCCUGAAACAAUAUUACAGGAACUGUGGGACUCACGAAUUGAUCCUUCAAAGUGUGAUGUUAUAUUUGUAACAAGUGGUUAUGUUCAGCUGCAGGCUCACUCUUGCAUUUUAGGUGCCUGCAGUUCCUAUCUGCUACACAUUUUUCAAGAACAUCGAAAAGAAAAACAAAAACCAUUUCUAUUUGUGCUGCCAAAUGUGACAGAAGAUGACUUACAAAUUGUACUUGAGUUUUGUUAUAAAGGAUUUGUGGUGAUUAGCAAUGAAAAUUCAAGAUCUGUGUACAAAACAGCAAAGCUUUUAGGUGUCGAAAAUCUUUGUGAAAAACUUUCCUCAGCAUUUCCAUAUGUUUUAGAAGUUAUGCAAAAAGUUGUAAAUUCAAGAGAACAGAGUAGGAUAAGAACAUCAUUCGGGGCAUGUGAGGAGUCUGGUAUUGUAAGAAAUCCCCUGCAGGACUUGUUUUAUUCUCUGUUGCAGUGUGGUAAUUUAGUUGAUGUUUCUAUAUAUGUGGAAAAUUCAAAACUUGAAGCUCACCUCCUUAUUUUAAGCAUUUUUAGCACACUCUUCAGAAAUAUCACAAGCAAACUCAAAGACAAAUUGAGCCAUACAAUCGUGCUGAUUAGUGGCUUAAGAAUCCAACAUAUACAAGCUUUCAUUGAUUAUAUAUAUAGGGGGGAAGCAGAAUUUCCUGGCAGUGUGUCUGAUUUCUGUAAAUUCAUGUCUGAAUGGUUAGAUUUUGAUUUGCUCCCAGUGUGUGAGAAAAACAGCGUAACAACGCAGUACGAUAAUACGGACUCCGACACAGUUAAUGAGACAUCAUCCAGUGAAAACGUCACAAACAUAUACUCAAUGGAGAAGACUAUAUUCUCAGAGAAUGAAGAUACUGCUGAAGGAAAGGCAUCACUACCUGACACACGGCCUAUUUCAGAAGAAGAAGAAGAAGAAGAAGAAGAAGAUGAUGAUGAAGAAAUCCUGGACAACUUUAAUGAAUAUCAAAACAAUUUGGGGCUGGUGUGUCACAGUUGCAAUGAGACAUUUCCAAAUCGGCAGCAGUUUAGACAGCAUCUGAAAAUUCAUCCUGAUGCUAAAAUGAUGAAAUGUAAAUAUUGUGGCAAAGGCUUUGAAAAACCCAGUCAGAUGAGACUGCAUAUUCGGAUUCACACUGGAUCGAAGCCAUUUCAGUGUGACGUGUGUGGUAUGAGGUUUGCUGCAAAAAGUUCACUCACUAAACACAGAAAAACUCAUACAAAAGACAAGUCGGUGUUGUAUGCUUGUGAUGUGUGCAAUAAAUCCUUUAGUCGAAAGGAGUACGUGACAGAACACUUACGAACUCACACUGGCAGUAAACCGUACGAAUGCUCCAUAUGUCAUAAAGCAUUCGUCGGAAGGACAGGUCUCAAUCAUCAUAAAAAAAUUCACACAGACAACAAUUCUAGGAAAAGUACUGUGUGUGAGAUAUGUGGUAAAAACUUUACACGUCACGCACUGUGGACACACAUGAAAUCGCACAAUAAAACUCACCGUUGUGAACUUUGCGGUAACUUAUUUUCAACUAAAACUGCUUUAAAAAUACAUAUUGCUGGCUCUCACUUAGGUCAUAUGAGCCACCAGUGUGAUAUCUGUGGAAAAGGUUUUAUGCAGAAGAACCACCUUCUACGGCAUAUGGACACACAUAUAAGAGAAGGUCAAGAUGAAGACAAAUUUUCAUGUGACAGCUGUGAAAAGAAGUACAAAACUGAAGAAAAACUGAUUUCUCACAGAAUUCGUGAGCAUUCUAAACCUGGUGAACGCCCCUACUCGUGUAAUAUAUGUAACAAGAAGUUUUCAGGUCGCAGCACAGUGAUUUACCAUCGGCGAACCCACACCGGUGAACAACCACACGAGUGCACCACUUGCGGCAAAACCUUCACUCGCCCUGACGCACUGCGACAGCACACACGUUCCCACACAAAUGAACGGAAGUUUACCUGUUCAGUAUGUAACAAGAAAUGUUCCAGCAGAGAUACGCUAAACAAGCACCUCCGGUCCCACAAGGGCACAGAAGACAAAGGUGAUACCACUAAUGCUGAUAAUGUUCCAGCUGACGAAUGUGAGAGAGUGUGUUCGCUAGACAGAGACCAGUGUUCACAUUCCACACUGCACACAUCCUCGAGACCCCAUCGCUGCAACAUUUGCCGAAAAUCAUUUCGUUACCGUGACAGUUUAGUUAAGCAUACCCAGAUACACUCGUCAGUUAGCCUGCAGCUACCAGGAGCAAAUGAAUUACCCAGUCUAUUUUCAUUUCAUAUGUGUGAGCAAUCAUACACGCAGGACUGUGAUGAAGAAACUCAGAAAAAUACCAGUUUUUGCACUGUAACUGAAUUGUUAAACCACAAUGAAGCACAAGAAUUAAGUGUCUCUUCAGCAGCCGUAACUGAUAGCAGUCUUGUUUCUGAACUGAAAAAUACUGCUUCAGGAUCAGUAGCAACGCGGAGGCCGUUCAGUAUAACUAUUGAUGGAAAUCUGUGCUGCAAUUCUGAUGUGUUGUUACCUACUGAUGAUAGUAUAGUAGCAUUAGUGCCUGCUCUUUCACAAGAAGUGUCUGAUCCCAUUGCAAAAGACCCACACAAUGACAAAGAUCAAAGCACUGCAAUUACAGAACAAUCUCCUGCAGUUCCAACAACAGACAGUGAUAAUGUACCACAAUCGGAGCCAUGUUUCUCAACAAUACUUUCAAAGUCGUUUGAACUCCAGGCCAUCUGAUGUUUGAUAUACAUUUUCUUCAGGGCAUAAAAAAUGACUGUAGACUUGAAAUUAUUCUUUUUGUAACUUUCUAUAAAAUGUUUUCAGAGUACACUU